CUUCAGGGUUGUUUACACGGCGUUUUUAGCACCACACACAUGUCGUCUUUGGGAUCGCGUAACGAAGGAGCCAGAUCACAGUAGGGACUCCAUUAGUUCGCACAUUAGACCGAGUUAGUUGAAUUAUUUAAUUAUAGUAAUUCAAUAAGGUGGUGAAUUAAUAACAAUUACAUGUAUUUCGAUUGGAGUUAAACUGGACAUCGGCGUUUAUUUGAAUCGAUAGUGACAUGGCGUUUUGAUAUGUAGGGAAUUUUUCAAUGCAAUAUUUGAAUGUACAGAGAACAUUUUAUGAAAGAGUGAUGAUACUACAUUAUCAAUUAUGAAAUGGACCAAUGUAAAGAAGGAAUAAAUGGAAGAGAUUCUAUAACUAAGAACUACGAAGCAAAAGGCCAAGCGCAAGUCACCUACAAUUUAAACGCUUCAAACUACCCAGAAAACAAUCACAAUCUAUACCAAAUGAUUAAAUGCCACGAAGACAGCCUGUUGAGACUCCACCAUCUAACAGCAGGAAGACAAAUUAGCACUAACUACGACACAAGUUACCAAAACGACCUUGCAUGGUAUCCCAAAGAUUUCCAGAGACAAUACAUUAAGCCUGUGGAUUAUUUAGCGUAUGAGGAUAUGAGACGAAAAUUUGAUGAAGCCAAAGGUGCGAAAGAGAAGGAAGUUCGAAAAGAGUCAGAAGAAGAAAAAGAUGGAAAAAUGGAUGAAAGAAAGAAGCCUAGAAGAAAUCGAACAACAUUCACGAGUCAACAAUUGGCUGCGUUGGAAAAAGUGUUUGAAAAGACACACUAUCCGGAUGCGUUUGUGAGAGAAGAUUUGGCGUCGAGAGUCAAUUUGACUGAAGCUAGAGUACAGGUUUGGUUUCAAAACAGACGUGCCAAAUUUCGAAGGAACGAAAGGUCUGCAUUAUCCUCACACAGAACAUCAACUAGCCAGAGUUCACCAGAGCCAGUGCCAGUUCCUAUUGGUAUUCCCCAAUCUGCAGACCCUCGGCAAGAGUACAACCGAAACACAAAGGAACCGUGGUUACACCACUUCCAAACGAACAACUUGAAUUUCAACCUCGGGUUACCGAUUGGUAAUUCUGGAUUGUACCAAAAUGAUUAUACAUUAAUGAUGCAAAAUGUAGGUAAUAGACAGUAUGUGCCAAACUCGAACGCGUUAAUGGGACAAAAUGUGCCGAAUUAUGGAACCACUGCUGAUAAUGGCUACGGAUCGUGUGCUUUAAUAGGAAGUUACAGUGGAACUCUGCAACCAGCACAUCAUAGUUCCUAUAAUUUGAAUUUGAGACUUAGGCCCCAUGAUUUCAGUAUAAACAAUAUAACUUUAUAA